AUUUGAUUUGAUUCUCGAAAAUUGAAAUACAGAGUGGAACGAAAAAAUGGGUUUGUAAACCCAUAAGAAAAGGAGCGGAAUUUUCGCAAGCUUUGGACUCAUCAGCCACUUAGCAGCUCUCUCUCUAACAGCGGUUUGUUUUCUUCUUUCUUCUCCCGAUUCCUUGUUCAGUGAUAACGUCUCUUCUUCUCUCAUUUCAAACUCUCUCUCUAACUUUCUCUUUCUCUCUCUCCCAGUGUCUGCAAAUUCCCUUCUGAUUUUUCUCAAGUUUGACACUUUUCCUCUGUUGCAUUCUCAAAGACUCUCUCUCUCUCUCUGUUGCUGAAAUUUAAAGACUAUUUUCUUACUCUCAAAACCCAAAUGAUUUUGCUGCUCUACGCUUUCAGAUCUUCAAUCUUUUUCUCUACUCCCGAUUUUUCUUGUUUUUCAUCAAGAACAUUGGUCCAAAAAUAGAAAAAAAGAGUUGGGGUUUGGAAAUGUGGGUUCUUGGGUAAGGUGAAUGUGGUUCAUUUGACUCAAGGUUUACUCAUUCGACUGAAGCUUGGUCUGCGUGCUUGAAUCUUUGGUUGCUGAGUUCGGAAGCGUCGGAUUUGAGUGAUUUGGCUCUGUCUACAGAAGGAAAAAGAAGAAAAAAGGAGUGAACUUCGGAGUGUGUAAAAAUGGGGUUCUGCAGAUGAAGGAUUUCAGGCUCCGAUAGGUCUGUGGAAGACAAAAAUGGAGGUUGAGAAGAAACGUUCUAAAGGGGGCUUUCUUAACUUGUUUGAUUGGAAUGGAAAAUCUCGGAAGAAGCUCUUCUCGGCCAGCUCUGAAUCAUCGGGAUUAAAGCAAGGAAAAGAAAAUGUGGAGAGUUUCCAGAACUCAGGGCUCUGUAGGGUAGAGGUGGAUGAAAGUGGAACUGGAACCACUUCAAGUAAUAAAGGAAGUGGUGAAUGGAAUUGUGCUUCAUCAGUGACUAGUGAUGAGGGAUCUAAGGCUAGAGCCCCUGGUGUAGUUGCUAGAUUAAUGGGUCUGGAUUCAUUGCCUGCUUUAACUGCCCCCGACCCCGAGCCAUCUUCUGCCCAACUCUUUGACUCCCAGUCGCUUAAAGCAUCUCAAUAUGAGAGGAGCGGUCGUAAUUUGUGGAGUGAUUUGUAUUCCAUGGAGUACAUAAAUGUGCCAAAGAAGCUGGAUAGGUUUUCUUGGAAUCUUGUAGAGCCUAGGACACAGGGGGUGCCGAGCCACCCAAUUGAGAGAUUUCAAACAGAAGCUUUGCCUCCAAAAUCAGCUAAGUCAAUUCCAGUUACUCAUCAUAAGCUUUUGUCGCCUAUCAAGAGUCCUGGCUUCAUUCCACCAAAAAAUGCAGCUUAUGUAAUGGAGGCGGCCUCAAAGAUCAUUGAGGCAAGUCCUCGAGCAUCUGCCAGGAGCAAAAUGUCAUCUGUAGGGCCUUCUUCGAUUCCCUUGAGAAUUCGGGAUUUGAAAGAGAAGAUGGAAGCUGUGCAUAAAGCAUCAGGACCUGAAAGACCCAAGGAAGCUAGUGACUUCAGGUAUAUGAAAGGACUGCCUAGUGACAGGCGCCAUAACGGGUCAGAUAAUGUACCAGUAGCCAAGGCUUCUGUGGAUUCAGAAAAACAAAGUUACAGGGAUGUGAGGAAUAAGGGAAAAUCAGUAUCCCUUGCAGAACAAGCAAAGGUCAACAUUCAGAAAGGGGAGGGGUCGACAUCUUGUCGUAAUAGAAGUUUUAUGAACCAGAAGGAACAGAAUGAGGUCAAACAAAAUCAGUUUUCCAAGAGCAAGUCAAGUACACAAAGAUCUACGCAUAAGAGAACUUCCAUUGAGAGCGCCAGAACUGCGCUCAAGCAGAAUAACCAGAAGCAGAAUUGUGUAUCUAACAGAGAUAAAAUGACUUCAAAAAGUAUGGUUCCUAAUCAGCCUACUAGAAGAAUGCGGCCACCUAAUGGCUCUACUGGGCCAAUGAAAACUGUGAAUAAGACUAUUGGAAGCUCUGAAAUUGGAUCCAGAAAGUUGGGCUCAAGGGCGACUGCAAAUGGAAAAGAGUUUUCGUUAUCCACAAGAAAGAAUGUUUCUGGAAAGAUAAGGUCCGUUCAUCAGGAUGAUUAUUCGGAAGAAACUGUUUCCAACGAUUCAUAUAUCGGUGGAGAUGAAAGGUCAGUGAAAUGUAAUGUUUCAAGGAACGGGUGUUCCAAUUUGGGCACAGAUAAUAGGAACCAAGGCAUGGAUGUUAUCUCAUUUACAUUCACGUCUCCCCUGAAAAGAUCAUUCUCUGAAUUGCAGUCACCUGGUCAACUCACAAGUAUAAAUAACAGCUUUUAUAUUGAUUCUUCUGCUCACAACGAUCAGCAGUUCCAUCCAGAGAAUUUCACAUUAUCUUCUCCUGGGUUGAAUGUGAUUGGGGGUGAUGCUUUGAGUGUCCUUCUGGAACAAAAGCUUCAGGAACUGUCUUGUAAAGUUGAGUCAUCUCAGCGUAACCAAUCCAGUGAAGUGACUUCUGGUACUUCUAUGUCUUGCUUGCAAGAUAUGGUUUCCAGUGUGGGAAGCACUACAUCAGGAGGCAAGGGGUUCAAAGUUGGUUUAACCAAAGAUAAAACUGACAGCACAGACGACUAUGAUUGCUUGUCAGUUGAGGUUAACCAGCAGUGGCAGGGAUCAGAAGGGGUGGAAGAGUGUAGCAGUAGCAGUAGAAACAUUACAACUGGAAAUGAAUUUGAUCGACGUCGUAGUCCAUUGUCAAUUGUUGAACACUCAUUUGAGAGUCGAACCUGCACAGAUAACAGAAGUAGCGCCAAUGGCAGUGACAGUGAGAGAUGUUCAUUGGCUCAACUUCAAGAUCAAGGCAGUUCACUCUCUUCAUAUGGCGUUUCAGAGUUCCUUGACUCAGCCUUUUCAGCUUCUACAGGGGAUGUGAGUAGAAAGAGUACGAAUAUGAUAUCAAGUUCGCAUUCAAAUGAUUGGGAACUGGAAUAUGUGAGAUACGUGCUUAGCAAUGUAGAUCUGGAGAUGGAAGAUUUCGCCUUGGGUGAUGCUCAACACGUCAUCACCCCAAGUCUCUUUGAGCAUUUGGAGAAUCAAGAACAAGAAGAAUAUCUGAAGCUCGAGCAGAAGAUUGUGUUUGACUGCGUAAAUGAAGCCCUGCAGUUCAGAUGCAAGCAAAUAUUUGUGGGAAGCCGCAAAGCCUGGGAUAGAUUGACCGCAUUGUCUCAGAGGAAGGGACGAUUAGCUGAGGAAUUGCACAAAGAGAUUUCGGGUUGGAAAAACAUGAGAGAGCUGAUGGGGGAUGAGCUUGUGGACAAGGACAUGAGCACGCAGCGUGGAAGAUGGCUCGACUUUGAAGUUGAAGCGUUUGAGGAGGGUCUAGAGAUUGAGAAGGGGAUACUAAAUUGCCUGGUGGAAGAGUUGGUGUCUGAUUUUUUCUUUUAGGCCCUCUUUAAGUUUGCCUUGUAUUAACUAUUUAGCUUGUGCAUACUACAAAAUUUUACUAUAUUUCGGUGUAUGACAUGCACCAAGACAAUCGAUGGCUGAACAUGUGGUUAAAGUUCUAAUGGAAAAUUACCACUGAUGCAUACUAGAAAA